UGAAUGCUCGUAUAUUCGACCGAAUAAAAGCCAACAGAAUUGGGAAAUAAAACGCUCCCUAACAUUACACUACGAAGGGAUCGGGCUGUAGUGUUUAAGGAAGAAGAAGACGAGGGAAGAGGUGUUUCUCCGGGCCCUUUCUCCUCUUUCAUUAUUUAUUUCCUUAUUAACUGCGAUCAAAACAUUGAUGGUCGAUCAUCCGGCGCUGAGCUCGAGCCCCGCGGAACAUCGUGCAGUCUUUCACAUCUGUCUGUGAGUGUGUGUCGCGAUGGCUCGCCCACGGCCCCGGGAAUAUAAAGCUGGAGAUUUGGUUUUCGCCAAGAUGAAGGGAUACCCGCACUGGCCGGCGAGGAUCGAUGAGCUGCCGGAGGGAGCCGUGAAGCCACCAGCUAAUAAAUACCCCAUCUUCUUCUUUGGAACCCAUGAGACAGCCUUCCUGGGCCCUAAAGACCUGCUGCCCUACAAGGAAUAUAAGGACAAGUUUGGCAAGUCAAACAAGAGAAAAGGAUUUAAUGAAGGCCUGUGGGAAAUAGAAAACAACCCUGGUGUCAAAUUCACUGGUUACCAGGUGAUGCAGCAGCAGAGCUCGUCUGAGACGGAGGGAGAAGGAGGGAACGCGGCCGACGCCAGCAGCGAGGGAGACUCAGUGGGCGAGGAAGAGGAGGGCAAGAUGAAGAGUGACAAGGUCGGAUCCAAGCGGGAAAAAAGCGCAUCCUCAAAGAUGUCUUCCAAGCUCUCCAGGAAGGGUUCGGAUGAAGAUCGGGAGAAGGAUGGGAAAGACGAGCAGAAGAGUGGAUCAGAGGCUGGGGACCUUGACAACAACAUCCUGAACUCUUCAGACAAGACGUGCAGUCAAGGGAAUCUGUCGCUGCGGGAGGAUCACUAGGCGAUCACUGGAUGAUGAUCACGAUGCUGAUUUGUGAUAUUGCAAAUGCAUCUUAUUAUGCUGAUCGCUUACAAACUCCUACACAUUAUUAUCUGGUUCAGUCAAACACACACAUACAGUAAAAGAAACUAUGUCCAGAAGUCACACAAACAUCCUUCUUUUAUUUCUGCUGUUUAGGGUUUAGAGGUGUAGCUUUGCCUUGAACCCGAACCGUUCCGAUCUCUCAGUCAUUCCUCUCAUUCCACUCAUUCCACUCAUUAACGCGUCGUGCUAGAGAUUUCUUUCUUUUCCAAUGAACAAACACACUGUAGAUCAGACAUUCGUCUGUUAAAUAACUCAGCCAUCUUUCAUGCUUUUAUCAGAGAAAUAAAGAGUGGAAACUGUAGAAAACAUAUGAAGUAUUGUGCACAAACAGAGUUAUCUCUGUACAUUUGAUUUGGGUGUAGAUUGUAGGAGCUCUGUACUAUUAUCCCAAUGGUAGAGAUACUGCUCAUCUUUUUAAAACGUGAAAUAUCCGUUCGUGUGUCAGUGGGUUGGUUGUUUUCUAGCCUUUCUAGUGGCAUGUUGGCUUCUGUUUCCAUUCCGUAGUUCUGAAGAUGUUCUUCUGUCUGUUCGUUUUAUCAGACAGCGCUGAUCCUGUCUUCUUCCUGACAGUAAACUUGCCCUUGAUUUGUUACAUUUUUUUUCUUAUCUUUGUUUAUAUAAAGAAUAUAUUAUAUUUAUUUUUGAUGACAGUAGAUGACACAUCUGUGGUAAAUUCGCACUCUCCAAUGUGGUUUUAAUUUCAUUUGGAUUUUUAUUGCCCUCAUCCAUGUUGCAUUUUCAAGGUCUGAGCUAUAUGUAAACUGUUUUGCUGUUUAUUGACAAGAAUUUUACAGAAUAAACUCAUUGGAAUGCAA